UAAGAUCCCACUCGCAGUCGCAGAGCAGAGCAGUCAGUGUAUCAGUCACUCGCAGUUUCUCACACCUCCAAAAAAAAAAUCCAAAAAGAAAAAGGAAAAACCCUAAAUGGCUCGGAAACGCCUGAUCGAAGAGCCCCCACCCGCUGUUUCAUCUUCCGAAGAAGAAGAAGAAACCGAUGACAAAGAAGAAGAACCUCAAAACGGCACCGUCAAAACUCAGCAAAACGCUGCCGGUGAGAAAUCAAACGACGACGACGAUGGAACUGAAGACGACGACGACGACGACGACGAAGAAGAUGAUGAUGAAGAAGUGGAGAAAAAGAAACCCGGACUGCCUUCCAAACCUUCAAAUCCAAACUCGGAGUCCGACUCGGACGCUGACUCAGAAGACACUGAGUCAACUCAUCCACCGUCUCCUUCUCUUUCUGGUUUCACUAUCAAGCCCAUCUCGCCGAAGCGCAAACCUGACCCAAAACCAGAGCAGCCCAAGAAGGAGAAGGACGUUGAUGACAAGAAAGCAGAGAAGGGAGCCGGACCUGGGACCGGAGGGUCUCAGCGUAUAUGGAGUGAUGAGGAUGAGAUUGUGAUAUUGAAUGGCAUGAUUGAGUUCCAAAAUGAAAAGGGGAAAAACUCUUCUGCAGAUACUAGUGAUUUUUAUGGAUUUGUGAAGGAAUCACUCUGUUUUAAUGCCUCCAAUAAUCAGUUUGCUAAUAAAAUCAGGAUGUUGAAGAAGAAGUAUUUUAUUGAUGUGGAGAAGAAUGAGAGUGGGAAAUAUGAGACUUUUAGUAAACCGCAUGAUUUGGAGUGCGUGGAGCUUGCAAAAAAAAUAUGGGGUGCUGGUGGUACUGUCGUGGGAAAUGAGAGUAAUGCUAGUAAAAACAGUGGGAAAAAUCUUAGUGGUGGUGGACGAGGGAUUAUUCUGGCGUUGGCGAAAUUGGGGAGUGGGGAAGUGAAUGGGAAGGGAAAGGAGGCGAGUGUGAAGAGGGGGAAGAGGGGUUCGAGUGAGGAAGUGGAAGGAAAGCAAGGGAAUUCGAAGAAGCAAAAGCGGGUUUUGAGUGAGGAAGGCGAUGGGGGAGAGGAGGAGAAUGUGAAGAAGGGGAAGAGGGGUUUGAGUGAGGAAGCUGAUGGAGAAGGGAAGGGAAAGGAUGGAAAAAAAGAGAGGGGGAAGAGGGUUUUGAGCGAGGAAGUCAGUGGAGAAAGGAAGGGAAAGGGUGGAAAAAAGGAGAAGCAGGCUGCUAACAACGAGCUGAGUGGAGGAGAGGAUGCGAAUGUGAAGAAGCAAAAGAGGGUCGUGAAUGGAGAAUGGAAGGAAUCAAGUAUGAAGAAGCAAAAGGCAGUGGAAAAUGAGGAAGUGGAGGGAGGUGAGGCGAGUGAGGAUUUGUGGGAUAAGUAUCCGUAUUUGCGUUCAUCGUUACUGGCUGAAGAUUUGCCUGAGGAUGUGAAGGAGAGAGCAAUGAUGAUGCUGGGGAAGGUUCCAGAGGAAAAGUUGGUGGAGUUGGAAAGGGAGUGGAGGAGUUUGAUGAACGCUAAGUUGGAGUUUUUCAUGAUGGAAAAUGAUUUGAUUGCAAAACAGAUGAAGCUAGCUUUAGAUGCUUUAAAGUCUCAAGAUUAUUAGGAUGGUUCUUGCAUAGAAAGGAGAACCUAUUUAGGCGGUGGACUAGUUUUGAUGGACCUUGAAAAUAUGUUUUGUUUUGUUUCUUUGGGUUAUAUAUGAUGGGUUAGAGGGAGAUGCAGACUGGUCGUUUUUGAUUCUUCAACAUGCACGGUUUUCUUUUGUUUAGUUUCAAGGAACUUUGGUUUUUGAAGUCGGGCCCUGUUCUCUUUUCAGUUGAUAUCAAUAUAACAAUAGUCUUUCAGCUUGCA